AUGAACUCGGCAAGGUCUCCGUUGUUCCCCCAGGCCUCGUUAGCACUUUCUCCGGCUAGAGAGGAAAACCCGGAAGAAGAAGUAUACAUACCCAAUCUUCCUGCUCUGCCUCAUGCACUGCUGCUGUCUGUACAAGUUUUCAUUGUGCCAGCUGAGCAGCACUUGUUUCUUCAAGGGUACAAGCCCGCCGAAUAUGAGACGAGGCCACCGUCCUUGCUAAGAGGGUGCUUAGUGCUUCGUAUUUUGAAGCCUGCCAGAGUGAAAAGCGUCCUGUUGCAUUUUAAAGGUAUUCAGCGAACAGAGUGGCCCGAGGGGAUUCCCCCCAAACGGUCCCACUACGCCGAGGUAAAUGAGUUGAUCAACCAUACCUGGCCCUUCUACCACGUUGAUAGCCAUACUUUCAACUUUGGUGCUGAUUUUGUCAGACCACUUCCUCUGCUGCUACAAAAGAAUCAAGAAGACAUUUCUCAUUUCAGUCUAAACGACUCCUGGCAACUGAAUCAAAACCCGGUCGAUACCGCCAAGGGUUUUGCCGCCAGUCUCAUCAACAGAGCGACUACCAGAGGCAAUUCGCCGUCGCCGGCGCCGGCAAUUACUCCAGUGACGUCGUUUCAGGAUUUGACUACAGCCCUCUCGACGGGUUCCGCCUCGGAGGCCAACUCCGCCGCUACCGCCAGUACCCCCAAGCCCGGCUACUUCAUGCCGGGCGACUACGUAUACAAUUUCGAACAUCCUCUUCCAGCGCUGUCGCCUGAGUCUGUGGACGCCAACUUCGGAAGGGUCUUUUAUGCCCUCGAAGCUAAUAUUAUCAGAACAGGCGCGUUUAAGACGAAUCUAGUGGCACGGUUACCUGUAAGCGUGGUGCGUAUACCCUCUGAUAAUAGUGUUGAGGAAAACGAGCCUAUAUUCAUCGAGCGUGACUGGGAAGACCAGCUACGAUACGAGAUUCUUGUGGGCAGCAAAUCCAUUGUGCUUGAUACUUACGUGCCCAUUUCGUUCAAAUUCAUCCCUCUAUACGGCAAAGUGGCCCUUCACAGGAUCCGUGUGUCUAUCACAGAAAAUUGUAAUUACUACUGCCGUAACAAAACCGUGCAUAGGGCAGAGCCAACGAGAAAAUUUUUGUUGUUGGAACACAAGGCGAAGCAGAAUAAGUCGCUUCUCUCAAAGUCGGGUUGCUUGACAGAUGAUGGACCUGACAUAGGCAGUGAAGAUGACGAGAUUCUUCCAAGAGAACUUGAGUUUCAAAUGUUUGUGCCCUCAACUAUCAACAAGAAGUACAACUUCGCCAUGCAUCCAGACACAUCGUUCGAGACCAUCCAAUGUGACCACUGGAUCAAAAUAUCCCUUCGAAUUUCGAGGAAGGACCCGUCCAACCCAGAGAAACGAAAACAUUUCGAGAUUUCCAUCGACUCACCAAUCCAUUUGUGCUCACCUUAUGCAGCUCACUGCAACACAUUGCUUCCAGCUUACGAUCGGCCUGAGCAGCCCGAGCCGUUACCUCAAUAUGCUCCUCUGUCGCCGCCAAUGUCUCCAGAUGUAACUGCUAUUGACCAACUGCAAGGGCGUCCAACGGUAAACCCACCCUCUUUUGAAGCUUUGACCUCUGUCGAGGGCAUACUUCCACCAGCGUACGAGAAGGAAGAUCCGGCAACCUCGCCGGUCAGAAACGAGAACACUGGAAGCUCAAAGGAGUUUAUUCCUGCUGAGGCGCCUCGUACGGUAGCUGACACCGGUGUGGACUCCUCUGGUAUCAAAGAUAUGCUCAGCAGACAAUUCGAUCUGACCCAUAGCGAGAGUCAAGCUGCAUCUGGCAACCAGCAAAACGCCAAACCCGAAGACGCAGAAGCUCAUCUCAUGAGGCAAUCGAGGAGCCUUCGUAUCCCGGAAACUGAGGACGAUUUGGAUCUAUCUGAUAUUAACCUGUUCAAAAGUGGUCCCGUGUCGCCUGAACUUGGCCCAUUGGCCACGAGGCGCUCUUCUGUGGUGCUGGCUGAUGAUGUUGACUUACCACUCGACCAGACUCUUCCACUCUUGACAUUGAACGAGGGCUACACGGAGGACAACUUGAGCACAUCACUGUUUGAUCAAGGAAGGCGUCCUAGUGCUAUCAAGAACACUAGCAUGGCAGACUUGAUGGAUCAAGUCACUUUUGGACACACCGGAGUCGAGAAUCAUUUUUUCAAAAACCCUCGUCUCAAGAAGCAUUACCAUGAAGAGACCCAGAGCGAUGCCGCUAUUCACAAAGAGAGACAAAAGUCGUUUGGUGUUGUGCCCAGCAGCGAACUCCCCUCGUCAGGUUCCACAGAAAGAGCGCUGACCUCGAGCUCGGCACGUAGUGAGAUCAUCAGUGAGGUGACCAAUUCUUCAGGAGAAAAGGCCCAUGAAGGAUUCAGAGGCAACGUCUCCAAAGAUGUUAAUGAACCUGUGCGGUAG